CCAGACUCAUACUCUGUUACCAUGACAACAACUGAAUCUGAAUCCCUCGAUGUUUACAAGCAACUUCAAAUCGUCGUCAACGAUGAUGGUUCUCUCACUCGCUUCCUCAGAGAUCCACUCACACUGGCGACGUCUGAUCCCAACCUUCCUAUCUCUGUUCUCACCAGAGAUCUCACCAUUAACCAAUCAAACAACACGUGGGUCCGAUUAUUCCUCCUCCGCAAAGCACUGGAUUAUCAUCCCUCCAACAAGUUCCCUCUCAUCGUGUUCUUUCAUGGAGGUGGCUUCAUCUAUUUCAGCGCAGCUUCUACUCGUUUCCACGACUUCUGUUCGAAGAUGGCAACGGACAUCGAAGCUGUGGUCGCGUCUGUGGAGUACCGCCUUGCUCCGGAGCACCGGUUGCCGGCGGCUUAUGACGACGCCGUGGAGGCGCUUCACUGGAUCAAAACCAGCCCUGAUGAUUGGUUAAGAGACUUCGUGGACUAUUCCAAUUGCUACGUAAUGGGGGAUAGCGCUGGGGGUACGAUUGCCUACCAUGCAGGCCUCCGAGUAGCUGAGGAAGUGAAUGAUCUGAAGCCCAUGAAGAUCAAAGGGCUGAUUUUGCGUCAACCCUUCUUCGGUGGGACCCAAAGGACGGAGUCGGAAGUGAGGCUAGAGAAAAACCCUGUUGUUCCGAUGUGUUGGUGUGACUUAUUUUGGGAGCUGGCGUUGCCGGUGGGAGCGAACUGCGAUCACGAGUACUCUAAUCCGACGGCGGCGGACCAGCCAGAGAAGAUGGAGAAGAUACGCGAGAUGGGGUGGAAGGUGAUGGUGAGCGGGAAUGGAGGAGACCCACUGGUUGACAGAGGAAUAGAGAUGGCGAGAUUAAUGGAGGAGAAGGGAGUGAAUGUGGUGAUAGAUUUUGAAGAAGAGGGAUCUCAUGGGGUUGAGUUUGCUGAUGAUUCCGUGGCUUCAAAGCUCAUUGGGGUGCUCAAACAAUUCAUUUCUUCAUCGGAGGAUUAAGGCCAGGCCAGGUCCAUCGCAUGCUUGAUUGUGAUUUGCAUUAUUGGCGUUCUCCAUUGAGUAUUAUUUAUUGUAAUGUAAUAUUGUAAGAUAUGAACUCGUUUUAGUUUUUGGAAGUGAAACUGUGACCCAUGAUAUUUCGUUCUAUAUAUGUUCCUGGAAGAAGCUGGCGAUAUUAACGCAGAAAAAUCUACAAAUAAUGA